ACCACAGCCGACGCAGAGCUCGCGUUUUCCGAAGGCCGCAACCAGGUCGCUUGGAACCAACGCGCCAUGUCUUCACAGACGUUUCGUGCGAAGAUGAGCCUCGGCGCAUGGGCCGAUGCCCCAUGGUUCGAUUACAAUGUCGCCGAAGACAUAAUAUUGCUCAUUUAG